AUGCGAGUAAUUCCAGGAGGUCGAUAUGGAAAACACAACUACAAAGGAAAACAGCCUGAGAAAAUACAAUAUAGGAACCCGGCAGCUAUUAACUAUUAUGACCACAAAGAUGGAGCCAAAAUAGUUAAGUCAUCACACUUCGAAUUAGAUUACAUGUUAGGAAGAAAAAUCACAUUCUUCUGCAUGGCUCAAGGAUUACCGCGACCUUCAAUAACUUGGUUUAAGGAUGGAGUUGAGUUAUUUCAUCAUCGAUUUUUCCAAGUAAUAUUAUCAGUCGUGAUGAAAUGGGGUAUUAUUUUGUGUGUCCUCUUACUUGUUGGCCCAAUGCAAAUUGGGUCCAGGAGAGGAAGGACCAGAUCGAGGACCAAAUCUAGGAUGCAAAUUGGUUUACCAAUAACUGGCAAAUAUAGAGAUAAGGAUUCGGAUCAGUAUUAUAACAAUAAUAACGGUGCAAAAAUAUUGUUAGCUUCACAUUUUGAUUAUGAAUACGUUCUGGGUCACAAAAUCGCUUUUCUGUGCAUCGCUAAGGGCUCUCCGAGACCUCAUAUAACAUGGUUUAAAGAUGGUAUAGAAAUUUUCACGCAUAUCUACAUGCAUGUACACGAAUGGAGAAUGGGUGCUGACAAAGUUAAAUCUAAAAUUGAGAUAGAUCCUGCUACACAAAUGGAUGCUGGAGUUUAUGAAUGCACAGCUGAUAAUAUGUACUCUAUAGAUCGUAGGAGUUUUAAAACUGACUUCUCUAUUGUAUUUGAUUAA